GUCAACUUAUUUCUAUUUAACCUAAAAAUAAGUGGUUUUCUUAAUCGGUUCUUAAUACCGCAAAGAAUAAUAUUAAUUAUAAUAAAAUUAGUUACUCUAACAAUGAAGAAAAUAGUAAUAUGUACAAUUUUAUUCUAUUUAUUUUCAGUCGCCCAAUCGAAUCUAGAAGUAGUUCAAGAUGAAGAGUUAAUGAACUUAAUCAGAACUGAAAAAUAUGUUAUAGUGUUAUUUUCAAGAAAGUACUGUGAAUCAUGUGAUAAUUAUGAAAAUGAGUUAACUGGUCUCAGGGAAGAUUUGGUAGAAACCUUAAAUGCAUGGGUUGUGAAAGUUGAAGAUAGUCAAUUAACCAGAUUAUACAGUCCUGAUAAAGAACCAGUACUGGUAUUUUUCCGACACGGCAUUCCAUUACUGUAUGAUGGUCCUUUAAAUGAUGAAUUAAUUCUACAUACAUUUACAACAAAUAAAGAACCUAUAUCUAAAGAGUUAACAGACAAUACAUUUGAACACUUAACUCAAGCUGCCACUGGUUCAACUACAGGUGAUUGGUUUGUAAUGUUUUAUACUUCUGAAUGUGUGGAAUGUACUCGCUUGCAAGCUAGAUGGGAGGCAGUUGGAGCCCACAUUAAAUCUAGAAUAAACAUUGCUAGGAUCAAUAAAGCAGGAGAUGGAGCUAUAACUGGACGUCGCUUUGAAGUAGCAAAUGUUCCAUCAUUCAUAUUAUUUAGACAAGGAAAAUUGUACCGUUAUCACCUACAAAAGUAUGAUGUUCAGUCUUUAGUUGAUUUUGCUCAAAGUUGGCACAAGAAUGUAACCCCAGAAAAAGUACCUCUACCAAAGUCUCCAUUUGAUGACUUUGUUGCAAUGGUUGUGGAAUAUAUGAGGGAAAACCCAUGGUUGUGGCAGCUGGGAGGUGGAACUUUUGUUUUGGGCUUGUUGGGAUCAUUGUUUGCAAGAUUUUUCCAGAAAUCAGCUCCAGAAAAGAAAAAAUCAGAUAAAAAAUCCAAGGAAAAAUCUAAAAAUAAGUAAUAAGUUGACCAUGUUAAAACAUUUAUUUUUGUAUACAAUUAAAAAAAAUAAAGAUUAUUUGUUGCCU